UGCUUUGCGCCAAACCCAAGAAACCCAAAACAGCUGCAUCCCGUUGAUUGCGAUUUGGUAACCGAGUCGAAAAGCACAUCUAAUUUGGACUCCAAUCAAACAUCGAAGUUUGAUAUUAAGUUAAAGUGUGAUGCUAGCGAUACAAUUUGCAAGAAAGUCAAUAUUUCCUUUCAAAAUGCGAGCGCCAUCAUUUCUUCAUACUUGAUACUCGAUGUACCAAUUGUUCUUAAUGCGAGUUUCGUAUCCUUCUGCGGAUCCAAUCCCAAAUGUCCAGAAUCUGGAAUCUUGGGUCUUGGCGCACCUACCAGAUGGUUAUUAAUGCAAGACGAUGAUAGUGCUCAACGACUUUAUCCGCAAGCUCUCGUGAAGCAAUUUCAACUAAACAAACACUUGACAUAUGAUCAAUUUGACAUUUUCGUUAGUUUUAACUCUGACAAAUCUUUUUGGUUUCAAGGAGAUCCACCGAUGAGAUCCGACCAGUAUGAUUUCUUAUAUUUGAUGCUUCACGAAAUACAUCACGGUCUAGGUUUCAGUUCUGCAUGGGAUACAUAUUAUGACUAUAGGAUCCUCACACCAUUACCUGCUAUAGAUCCCAUAAAUGGCGGAGGAUAUGGAUUGUAUACAAAAGACCCGGGUAAUAAUGAUAAAAUUAAAUUCUAUGAAUUGGCAUUUGACAAAUAUAUGAUUUUACUGUCGAACGGAACGAAAACGAGUACUAUCACCAAUAAGAUCAAUGAAUUCUUUAUUGGUGGAUCGAAAACACUGUCGGACUUUUAUGAUGAUUUUCCCCAUUCGCCACAAUAUCGGAUUGCCCGGGACAUGUACCAGAGAGCCACAACGGCAAAGACAUUAGGAUUUUUACCACAAAAUACCUCAAACAUUAGCCAAGCUGUAAUAUUAGAAACAUCAUUUUACCCUUAUAGAGUUGGAUCAAGUAUUAGUCAUGUAGACGGUGUGACCUACACCAACACAUCCGAUUUUCUUAUGAAAGCAUUUGCAACAAAUGGGAAGACCUUAGCCCAGAUCAUCAGUAUCGGAGGAAACUAUACUUUAGGGCCAAUAGGACCAAAAUUAAAACAGGUCAUGGAGACCCUUGGAUACAAGACAUCCGAUAACCUAAACCCUUAUGUACCGCGAAUAGUCGAGAAUGGGACAACUUCUUCAUUUUCAGGUCGCACGUUUAAACCUUGGGACUUGAAAUUCAGAAUGGUUCUUGUCAUCAUGAUUAUAUUAUUUGUAUAUAAGUCGUAA